AUGCUCCCCAACGUCGACCCAGCCAUCCUCGAGGCCCUGGGUCUCGAGCCGACCAGCUCCAAGCUGGUCUCGCACGGCAGCUCGGGCUUCUCGUCGACCUACAAGCUGGUAGCGGCCCGGGACGGCGAAGACCUGACCUACUUUGUCAAGGUUGGCUUUGGCCCCAACGCCGAAGUCAUGUUCCGAGGUAGCUCUUGCCAACAUGCCAACUUGACAACAUGCGAAUACCACUCAUUAAACGCCAUCCACUCGGCCGUGCCGGACUACCAUUUCUGCCCGCGCGCGCACGCCCACGGCGCCAUGCGCUCGUCGCCGGGGAAAUUCUUUCUUGUGACUGACUUUCUCGACCUCACCGCCUCCUCAUCAUCCUCUUCUGGUAGUGGAAGUGGAAGUAGCGGAACGGGCUUGUCGCUCGCGGCCAAGCUGGCCCGUCUGCACACGACGCCGGCGCCGGUACCGCCAGGUUUUGACAAGCCUGUGUUUGGCUUUCCCGUGCCGACAUGCUGCGGCGCCACGCGCCAGGAGAAUAACUUCACCGAGUCGUGGGCCGAGUUUUUUGCAAACCAUCGCCUGAGGGCAAUCCUGCGCGAGGCGUUGAGGAAUAAUCAUAGCGCGGGGGCGGACGAGGAGCUGGUUGAGGCGGUGGACAAGGUUGCUAGUGUCGUGGUGCCGAGGCUGUUGGGUGAUGGGCAUUUGAAGGGGGUCGUGCCGGUCGUGGUGCAUGGGGAUUUGUGGAGUGGGAAUCAUGGACGGGCGAGGAUCGGGGGAAAAGGGGGGGUGGAGGAGGUGGUUUUUGACCCGUCAUCGGUGUAUGGGCAUUCGGAGUAUGAGUCUGGAAUUAUGCGCAUGUUUGGGGGGUUUGGGAAGGAGUUUUGGAGGGAGUAUGAGAAGUUGGUGCCCAAGACGGAGCCCGCGCAUGAGUGGGAGGACAGGAUGCUGCUCUAUGAGCUCUAUCACUAUCUGAACCAUUAUGCCCUGUUUGGAGGGGGGUAUCGGGGCAGCGCGAUGUCGAUUUUACGGAAGCUGAUCGCCAAGUAUGGGAGAUGA